GUUAAGGAACAAAGAAAUAUGUUUGAAUAGUCUAACGACUUUUUGGGAUUAGGAGUUAGGGGCUUCGAAGGGAUGUUUGAAAAUUACAGUCCGCCAACAGUUUUGUCAACAUGAAGAAAUCGCGACUUUGAAGGGUUCUCGAAGAACGCGCGCAGCCCCAGAAGACGGAGGCGCAGAGGGCCGAAAUUGAAUCGAAUGGCUACCCGCGUGUUGCCUCAGAACGACGCGUUUUUCAUUUCACAUGGCUCCCCAACGCUCUCCAUCGACGAUUCGUUACCGGCCCGCCAUUUCCUCAAAGCUUUCCGGGAGAAGUUCACGCCGGAGAAGCCGCCCUCCGCAAUUCUGGUCAUCUCCGCCCACUGGGAGACCGAUUUCCCCACCCUCAACGUCAUCCGCGGCCGCAACGACACCAUCCAUGACUUCUACGGCUUCCCCAACCAGAUGUAUCAGCUCAAGUACCCAGCGCCAGGAGCUCCAGAACUAGCAGACAGAGCAGCUGAGUUACUUCUGUCCGCUGGAUUCAAGAAAGUGGGCAAAGACACGAAACGCGGGCUUGAUCAUGGGGCAUGGGUUCCUCUGAUGCUCAUGUAUCCAGAGGCUGAUAUCCCAGUUUGCCAGCUUUCUGUCCAGCCAAACAUGAGUGGAACUCACCAUUACAAGAUGGGUAAAGCAUUGUCUCCUCUUAGGGAGGAAGGGGUUCUCAUAUUUGGUUCUGGAUCUGCCACUCAUAACUUACGGGCUCUCCGUGAUGGACAUGGUCCUCCUCUUUCUUGGGCAAAGGAGUUUGAUGACUGGCUUAAAGAUGCCCUUACUAAUGGAAGGUACGAAGAUGUUAACCACUUUGAGGAGAAAGCGCCCCAUGCCAAAGUUGCUCACCCAUGGCCUGAGCACUUCUACCCAUUGCAUGUUGCAAUUGGUGCCGCAGGGGGAAAUCCCCGUGCAGAACUCAUUCACCGCAGCUGGAGCAACGGCUCACUCUCCUAUUCUUCCUUCAAGUUCACUCCAUGAUACUUCCUGAUACACAGAUCAGCGCUUGUGCAUAAUUGUUAUGUUGUUUCUUGUGUGUAUACGUGAAUAGUUGCAGAACUCUUGUGACAAUAAUGGGUACUAAGGUUGAGCAUCCUUUGUUUGGCUCACAAUACACUUAAUUAUUAUUUUUGUAGGAUACAAUAAACCUAUUUUUUAAAU